CCUUGUGUGUGUUCACUGAUGCUGGAGCAAUCAACUGGGCAGGCACGUGGAGUUAGCUAAACAUCAGGUAUCAGGACUGCAUGGAGAGUGCAGACCAGUAGCCUACCAAUGAUCUGAAGGAAAAAAAUGUCCAUUGUGUGUUAACUUGUUUUUUUGUUUUUUUUUUUUUUUUUUAAGUGAAAUUAUUUUCAUUCUAUUAUCCAGGGCAUUGAAUCUUCCAUACCAGGACUAGAAGCAUCGUAGACAGCUUUAACUACACAAACAUUAAGCUCAUUAAUGGAAUGCAACUGGAAACCAAGCUUCCAAUUUAGUUAUUUGAAUGAUCAAACUGUAGCUCAGAGAAGGCAAAGAGUGGGGAUAUCAUGGCUGAGAUGUCAAACAAUGAACUUGGUAAUACUUUGGACGUUAUGAUCGAUCCAGAUUUUGAGCCACAGAAAAGACCGAGGUCCUGUACGUGGCCUCUCCCGCGACCUGAGUCCGACACAGGGAAGCCCGAACCAACCGAUAUUAUUCCCGAAGAGGAGGAUGACCCCGCCACUGACAGUUGCGCGGGCCACAGUGCCAACGAUAUAUCGAAAGAAACUGACAUUUCCGAUGGGGACCAUGCUACAUCAGAAAUUACUCCUGUUGUGCGACUUAAAACCACUUCCAAGGACAAGGAGCUCGACGGCUUCUCGGUACCCUCUCAGCCCUUGUCCACGGCGAGCAGUGAAACAAGUGUGAACGGCCUGGUAGCGCAGCCAAGAAAGUCUUCUGCACGAAGGAAUGCCUGGGGCAAUUACUCGUACGCGGAUCUCAUCACUCAAGCUAUUGAGAGCUCGUCUGACAAGCGGUUGACUUUGGCCCAGAUCUAUGAUUGGAUGGUCAGAUCAGUAGCAUAUUUCAAGGACAAAGGCGACAGCAACAGCUCAGCAGGCUGGAAGAACUCUAUCCGGCACAACCUGUCCUUGCACAGCAGGUUUGUGCGAGUCCAAAAUGAGGGAACCGGUAAGAGCUCUUGGUGGAUGGUCAACCCGGAGGGCGGCAAAGGUGGCAAAGCGCCGCGCCGGCGCGCCGUCUCCAUGGACAAUGGCAACAAGUACACAAAGAGCGCCCGGGGCCGGGCGGCCAAGAAGAAGGCAGCGCUGCAGGCGGCUCAGGAGGUCGGAGGGGACGCGACGAGUCUGUCCCGCUGGGUCGGAAGCCCCGCCUCGCGGAGCAGCGACGAGCUGGACGCCUGGACGGAUUUCCGCUCGCGGACCAACUCCAACGCCAGCACGCUCAGUGGCCGGCUCUCGCCCAUCCUGGCCAACCCGGAGCUGGACGAGGGCGCCGACGAGGACUCGCCGCUCUCGCCCAUGCUCUACUCUAGUCCCAGCAGCCUCUCGCCGUCCGCCGGCGGCCUCGGCGAGCUGCCGUGCCUCGCCGACCUCGCCGGCACCAUCAACCUGAACGACGGCCUGAUGAACGACCUGCUGGACGACAUCAGCCUGACCGCCGCGCAGCAGCCGUCGCCGGGCGGCGCCGACGACGACGACUGCGGCGACGAGCGCGGCUCGGUGUUCACGUUCGGCUGCCCCUCGCCCAUGUUUGGCCCCACGCUGCGCCAGUCACCAAUGCAGACCAUCCAGGAGAACAAGCAGACGUCCUUCCCCAGCCUGUCGCCCUACGGUGGUCAGACCCUGCAGGAGCUGCUGGAGGGCGACGCGUGCGGCGGCGGCGGCGGCGGCCGCAGCAGCGAGAUCCUGCUCACGCAGUCGGACCCGCUCAUGUCGCAGGCCAGCGCAGCUAUCGGCCCACAGAACUCCCGCCGCUGUGCCAUGCUGCUCCGCAACAAUGACCCAAUGCUGUCCAACCAGCCGGGCGCUCCCGGCCUCAACGGCACUCAGGGCUGGAGAGGCCUGAACGGAGGGCUUGGCCUGAACAAUGACCCACACUACACAGCGAAACAGCAGCAGCAACAGCAGCAGCUGCUUCGCCCCUCCGCCCUCCCGGGCACCUCGGCCGACCCUUCCCUCCUGUCGGGCCUCAACGGCAGCCUGACCCCUCAGGACCGCUUCCCGGCCGACCUGGGCCUGGACGUGUUCAACGGCAGCCUGGACUGCGACAUGGACGCCAUUCUGCGCGGUGAGCUGAUGGAGGCCGACAGCCUGGAGCUCAGCUUCGAUGCUGGCUCCGGAAUAGUCUCGGCCCAGAACAACGCCAACUUGAAUGCAGGCAGCUUCUCUAGGGCCAAGGGCACCACGUCCCAGAGCUGGGUGCCCGGCUAAAACCCUCCAAGCCAAGCCAAGCAGAUCUUUAAGUUGACAGGAGAACCAGCUCCACGUCGUUUGCCAAACCAGCUAUCUGCUCCGUGAGGCCGAUGGUCUGUUUACUGAACAAAAUCCAGAGAAUGUUACCAUUGUCUUCACCCAGCAAAGACACUCCAAUAAUACAAAGGAUACUUGAAGCAGCUCCCACUGAGUUCCCAUGCCCAAACCGCAAGAGAAGUUGUAAUUAUGCAAUCAUGUUCUUUUACCAUUCCCUGGUCCACCACCAUUACACACACACAGCUAUACAGCUACACACCUACACGUACACACAUACAUGCACACACAUAAACAAAAGAUUUUGUUAUGGAAAAGGAAAAAAAGAAAAUGAAAUGGUCAUCAUGAUGUACCCCUGACCUUCCUCACUGUACCGUGAAAAAAAAGAAACAAUUGUGACGUGUUUUGAUCUAUUUAGUGUUCUUAUGUAUGAAAUGUUAUAGUUUUAAUAACAUCAUUCUCCCUCCUCCAUAUAUUAGGCUCUGAAGCAACCUUGUUGCAUUCCAUGCUAACAUUUAAAAAAAAACAAAACACUUUUUUGAACUCCCAUGAAAAAAAAAUGCCCCCUCCCCCUCCUUUUCCCUCCUCCAACUCCCUUCCCUCCCCCAAAAUAGGGUUCCCUCCAAAAUGUAGUUAUUGAGGCCAGUGGUUCUCAACCCUGGGCAGCUGUGUGCUCCGGGUCUUUUGUUCUCCCUGUACUUCAGACUGUGGGUGUGCGAGCUGAAGGAACUCAUCUGAGGAGCCGUUUCCUGGAGCUCGCCACGCAGCGAAAACAAACAGACCCCAUCAGCCAGGGUUGCUGAAUGUUUGCAUUCAGGGUUACUAGACAAUUUCCUUGUGUGUAUAUUUAAUGGUGUGAAGGUGUUUUCUUUUUUCUUUUUAAAAAAGAGAAUGUUAACCAUCUGAAGAUAGCUAUCAUGCAGUGUUAAUAACUCCAUGAAAUGUGAUUUGCAACUGCUUGCAAAAGGUGCAUCUUGCCACUUGGGUCUUUCCUUCACGUUAUCUUUGUACUCAAAGACACAUAAGAUAAAACACUUGCACGCACACAGAUUUACAUUUGUAUGUGCGUGUCUGUACAAUAACAGGUGCUAAACAGUGUUUUCAAUCCGCCAUGCAGUAUGUAAUACAUUGAAACCUUUGCAUGGGUAUGACAUGUCAGAUGGGCCGUGCACUGAAUAAACACCCACUACAGUGUCUUGUACUGUUUGUUGCCAAAUUUUAUGACCGUGCGAGGCAACCAAAUCACGUGAGCCUGUAAGGCUGUAGCAAAAUCUCACGUUGUGUAUUACGAACAUCCUUUGGAACUCCAGGUACACUCAGUAGUGUUGAAUACUUCCUUUGGAGCAUUGCCUGUUUAGAAAGUAAGAAAAAUGUUAUAGCAACUAAAAUAUAUCAUCUACUUUGGCAUUAUUAUUUUGAACAAAGAAUGAAAGACUUCAUUCGUGUGGAGAAUAACUCUAUUGUACUUCACCUACAGGCAGUAGUGCCCCAGUUGCCAACAUUUGAACCAACACUCUCCAAGCUUAACUCCCCAAAUUUUUUUUAUCACAAGCUCCUUUUCUCUUCUUGUUUGUUUUCCCCCUCCCCCCAUCCCAUCAGCCACUUUGCCAGCCCAUUCCAUGCUUCUUGUCUGUGUGCAGUACGGUAUGUACUAUAUGUCUGGCUGACAUGCGAUAUGAGAAAUAAAAUGUCAGGAAACUCCUUGUUUAUGAGUCACAUUCAUCCCUAGAGCCAAGACUGCCUAUGUUUGAUCUUUCUCACUGAAGUAGGUUCGUGUGAAUCAUUUGUGACCCCCCCCACACACUAUAAAUGGUCUUGUAGUCUGCUCCAGACUGGCAUGUAAAUAAAGUUUGGCUGAGCAUUCAGGAAGUCUAACAGCCUUUAUGCCAUAGCAA